UCGAGCCUCUUUUUGAGCAUUCGGUUGAAACAGGCCUACCACAGCCAGUCUCAAUCCGAGCUUAAAUCGAAGGGUCAAUCGGCCAUAACUUUUGGGGAUUUUGAUACUGUUCGCUUCCCACCGAACCAAGCUUUCUAUAGGAAGUGGAAUCGCGUCAAUCCAUUCAGUAUUGAGUGAGUUACGAGCUUGAGAAGUCGGAGUAGGUUCUGUCACGCAAUUCCGCCGACCAGUUCCUGUUUCCGGCGACAUUUCCGGCGAUCCAACCGUUGGAUCUUCACGAUUCCGGUGCCAUUAGAUUCCCAACAUCCCUGAGAUCAUCUCCACCAAAUUUGACGUCGAUCGGACUGUAGAUGGCGUUUCUGGAGGCGACGGUCUGAAUCUGGCGGGAAUCGGCGGCGAGCAUCCCUGUUUCUCCGCCACAGGCGGCUGUAACCCAAUAUUCGCUUAGAACAUUGGGAAUGCAGCAUCACCGGGUGAUCUAUUAACUUUAGCUUGUUCCAAAUUUAAUUAUCUGUCGAUUGCAAGUGGUUUCAUCUCUUGAUUUGAUCGCAUUGAGGCGGAGUGGCGAUUUGAAGACCUGUGGCUGUUCUUCUGCACGACGGCUCUUCCUGAAACAGGCGACAGAACUACAGCGACUUUGAGGGAUCAACGACUGGGGUCUAGACAGCUCAGAUUCAGCUCAAAUUUGGAGCGUCUACUCCUUGGCUAGUGGUCUUGCUACAGUCCAAAUUUCAGGAUUUUUGGAGGUGUCUAUGAAUUGUUAUGAUUUUUCCAUCGGAGACCUCUCCAGCAGUCCUGAAGCUGUUCUGCGCCUGAUACAUUUCUGAACGAAGGACAGAACGUGCGCGAUUUUCAGAGCUCAACGACCUGGCCUUAAACUCGUCGGAUUUGGCUCAAACUUGGAGCGUCCACUCCUGAGGAUGUCUACUUGUUGCUGACCAAGUUUGGGGAUUUUUGGAGACUCCUGUGAUUUGCUACGAAUUUUAGACUGGAGGCCACUCCCUGCCAGCGCCUGAACCUGUCUUCUUCGUUUUCCAGAACAGAGGCCAAGCCUCGACGCUACCCCGAUCUCGUUUUCUUCGAUAUUGGGGAAACGAGUAUCUCUGGUGAUUUCAGCUCCUUGAAUCCCUUGUUUUCCUUUGAUUAUAUCCUGGAUUUGAUCGUGCUUGCACUUGUUUUGGCGGAGCAUACCCCUGCUGCAACGAGGAUGGGCUGCAACCUGUUAGCAUAGACUGCAACAGUCCGUGAGCCGCAACCUUGGAGUUGAAGGGUGCUCGUCGACACCAGUUCGACGCCUGCUUCCCCCUUAACAGCAUACAAAGAGGGGUUUAGAUCGCAUCUUGUGAGGCAUUUCAUACUUUGGCUCUGUUGUUCGAUUACUGUUUUGCUGUAACAGUAAUCCGUGCUUCCCUUGUUGCUGAGGUGAACCGUGAGCCAUCAAGCGACCGGUGAGUUGGGGUCGUGGAGCUUGCUGUCCAGCUUGGGCGAGGAGGCAUUUGCUGAGUACCGAGGCUUAGUUUCUGGUUUUCCAGCCUCGGUGGAUAGCUCGGACUAGCUCCGAGGUGGUUUGUACCCUGUCCCACUAUAGCACGGGGAGGGUGUUCUUGCUUACAAACCCGCCUACACGGCGCGCGGCAUAGUGAGGUCCUCGGAGGCUCGUUCAGCCGACGACACACCUCCUUGCGGCUUGGCCACCUAGGGGUUGAGGGUGUGGUUUGUGCGCUUAGGCAUGUAUGUUUUUGAUGAAUGCUUGGAUGUGAAUGUGGUUGAGUGAGGUGAGCGUUUAAGUUGUAUCGUCGCGGUUGUAUUAAGCCUUGAGCCCCUUGGCAUUCUUGUAGUAGGAUUGGCUAUUUGGGUUCGGGAAACACUCUUGUAAUUCUGUCCUAACUUGGGAAAUUAAGCCGGGGUUGCUGUCCGGCAGGGAAAGAGUGUAAAGUCUUCUUAAUACUUAGCCUAUUCGGAGCCUGCCCCAAGAGAUCUUGGGAAGGGAGUUCGGCAUUCGGCAGCGAGCUUAGGCAGUCCUAGCCGGGUUCCCACCAGUUUGGUAUCAGAGCACCUUGGGGCUGAUUGAGCAGCUAUGGCAAAGAAGAAGAACACAAGAGUUGAGCAACAGGAAAUGGAAUUGGGCGUCGAAGAUGCAGCCACCGAAUCAGUUCAUGAGGGCAGCGGAAGGAAUGAAUCAAACCGAGAAAAGUUCUCACGGAUAGAAACCGAACUUGAGGAAAUGAGAGUAAGAAUGAGUCGGCAAGACCAGCCAUCACGUGUGGAAGAGAGGUUGUCUCGCUUUGAGGAAGCUAUGAUUCGUAUGACUGAUAACUUCACGCAAAUAAGUCACCAAUUGGGUUUCUUAACCGGCCGAAUGAAUAAAAUGGACCAAUUGUCAGAAAGUAUAGAAGGGCUAAAUCAAAGAAUGGACCGUAUGGAAAGAUCCGUUAAUCAUGGGCACAACCGAGAAGAUAAGGGAAAAGGACCUUAUGAAGAGCCUCACACAUCAUAUCAAGCUCCCAAAGAGCAUGCCGCAUCGAGUUUUGGAGGGAUUAAAAUUGGAAAAGAUAAUCAAGUUCCACCCAAAACCAAUGAAGCUCACAUGGGAAAUAAAAAGACCAUGGGAGUUAACAUGGCAACUUGUUCCAAACCACUGGUAGACAAUGAUUUUGAAGAAAUUUCAGAUGAAGAUAGUGAGAGAAUCGGACAAAGAAGUGAGAAAAAGAGGGGCCAAAGGAACAUAGAACCCAGAUCCAACAUUCGGGUUGACUUUCCUAAGUUUGAUGGCAAAAACGCCCAAGAUUGGGUGAUUAAAGCGGAGCAAUACUUUGAGUGCCAAGAAGUUAGGGAAGACAAAAAAAUUACAACGGCCAUGAUCUACUUUGAAGGGGCAGCUAUGAGGUGGUAUCGGUCGUACAAGAGGAAAAACCCGGUCAUGGUAUGGGAAACAUUUUCAAAUGCAUUACUCGCUCGCUUUGGAGUCUCGUCAUAUACUAACUAUCAUGUGGAGCUCAUCAACAUGAAACAAAUCACUACCGUGGAGGAGUUUCAAGGUCGAUUUGAGGACAUGUCAUGUAUGGUUGGAGAUUGGCCCGAACCCGCACUCAUAGGUGCAUUCAUGUCGGGAUUGAGAGAGGAUAUUAGAAUUGAGAUGCUAUCCGAGGAACAUGUAGACUUAGACAGUUGCUUUGCAAGGGCACGAGUUAUGGAGGAAAAGCUCCUCAAACGGGCAGCGUAUGAGAAAUUCUCUAAGACCGGAGGAUUCAACCAAAACAAAGGGAAUUUCAACAGGCCUACUCCUAAACCACAGCCACAAGGGUUUCCAAAGAGGGAUACACGUCCAGCCGUUAGGGACAAUGUUCCGGUUCGUUACAUCACCGCUAAGGAGAGGGAUGAAAGGUUCAAAGCCGGGCUAUGUGUGUCAUGUGAGGAAAAGUGGUUCAAGGGACACAAAUGUAAGAGGUUUCAGCUAAUGGUGGUUGUAGAGGAUGAGGACGAAGUUGAGGUUUCAAUCCCAGUUGAGGAAGAGCAACCAGUAGAACAAGAGUGCCCAACGGAAAUUGAGAAGGUGGAUGGGGUUCUUCACUCCAUGAGGGACCCAAACCGUCCUAAAGCAAUGCGUGUUCUUGGAACCAUUCAAGGGCACAGAGUCACAAUCUUGCUAGAUUCGGGAGCAACUCAUAAUUUUAUGAGUUUAGAAACGGCCAAGGAUAGCGGAUGCACAUUGGAAGAUCAAGCACCACUCACGGUCUUGGUAGGAGAUGGAACAAGGCUACCUUGCGUCCACAUUUGCCGAAACAUGGAUAUAACCGUGCAAGGGAUCCCAUACAAGAUAGAUGUCUUAGUUCUUCCGAUAAAAGGGAUGGACCUUGUUCUUGGUGUUGAUUGGUUAGAGACACUUGGGGGAAUCUACUGGGAUUUCUCCAAAAUGAAGAUGAGAUUUGAGAGGGAAGGAGGAGAUCAAGUGACACUCGAAGGAAUCCAGCCCAACUUGGAACCGAAGGCAGCCAUCAAGGCUCUCGUAGCUCAACAGCCAGCCCUCUGGCUGAUAUCGUUAGCCACUGAUGUACCUCCAAAAGGGACAGAGACCGAAGUCAUUCCCAAGGAAGUUCAGCAAGUAUUGGAUGGUUUUGAAGAUGUCUUUUCUGAACCUAAAGGGUUACCUCCUCCAAGAUCAUACGAUCACAGGAUCGUCCUAUCAAACGGGGCAGAACCGGUAAAUGUUAGGCCUUAUCGUUAUGGGUUUACACAGAAAACGGAGAUAGAGAGAUUGGUAAAAGAAAUGAUUGAAGGGGGAAUCAUUCGCCCGAGUAGCAGUCCCUUCUCCUCUCCUGUUUUGUUAGUCAAAAAGAAGGAUGAAACUUGGAGAUUUUGUGUUGAUUAUCGGGCACUUAACGAAGUCACGAUUAAGGACCGCCACCCUAUACCCGUCAUUGACGAACUCCUUGAUGAAUUGGCGGGCGCUUCCAUUUUCUCCAAGCUUGACUUAAGGGCUGGUUACCAUCAGAUACGCAUGGAUAAGCAUGACGUACCCAAGACUGCAUUUAGAACUCACGAUGGGCAUUAUGAGUUCUUGGUCAUGCCCUUCGGAUUAACCAACGCCCCGGCUACAUUCCAACGACGUAUGAAUGAUAUUUUCAGACCACAUCUGAGGGAUUUCAUUCUAGUUUUCUUCGAUGACAUUCUGGUUUACAGUCGAUCAUUAGAGCACCACAUUGUCCACUUAAGGAAGACACUACAAAUUUUGAGGCAGAAUGAACUCUUUGCAAAAGCUUCUAAGUGCAGUUUCGGUCAAGAAUCAAUCGGCUAUUUGGGACACAUAGUGUCCAAGGAAGGUGUUAGAGCUGAUCCAGAAAAGCUCCAUGCCAUGGAGCAAUGGCCUUUGCCAAAAGACCCGAGAGGAAUGAGAGGAUUUCUAGGUCUUACUGGUUACUAUCGAAGGUUUAUUCAAGGCUAUGGAUCUAUAGCCUCCCCUUUGACGAAAAUGUUGAAGAAAGGGGAGUUCACCUGGACGGAUCACUCAAGGGAAGCAUUCGUAAAGCUUAAGGCAGCAAUGUUAGCCGCGCCCGUGCUAACCUUGCCAGAUUUUUCACUUGAUUUCGUGGUGGAGACGGACGCAAGCGACGUUGGUGUUGGGGCUGUCCUCAGCCAAAAGGGCCACCCAAUAGCCUACAUGUCCAAGGCUCUCACCCAUAGGGCAAAGUCAUUAUCCACAUAUGAAAAUGAGUUAUUUGCCAUCGUGUUGGCCGUGGAGAAAUGGAGGCCCUACCUCAUCGGGCGCAAAUUCAUUGUGAGAACGGAUCAUAGUAGUUUAAGGUAUAUGCUCAAACAAAGGGUCUCAACGCCUACUCAACAAAGAUGGCUCGCCAAGCUAUUGGGUUACGAUUUUACAAUCGAAUACAAGAAAGGAACCGAAAACUCGGCGGCUGAUUCGUUAUCGAGACUUGGAGAGCAAUUUCUAACCUUGUCCGUUCUGGAAACCGAUUUGUGGCAGCGAUUGGUCAUUGAGCAAGAGGCUGAUGAAGGUUUGAGACUACUUAGAGCAUCGGUUCAGCAGAAUCCGGGAUCAAUCCCAAACCAUGGCAUGAAGGGGAACGUGCUUUACCGAAAGGGCAAAGCUGUGGUACCACGCGGUUCCUCCCUCAAAAAGGAGCUCCUAUCACACUUUCAUUGUUCAACCACCGCAGGUCACGAAGGCGUGGCCAAAACGCUUGCAAGGAUCAAAACCCAAUUUUGGUGGGAAGGUCUAAAAGGAGAAGUCAAAGAGUUUGUGAGGAGUUGUCAGAUUUGCCAAAGGGAAAAGUAUGAAGCAACCAAGCCACCCGGGCUGAUGCACCCAUUGCCAAUACCUACAAAACCUUGGGCUGAUGUAUCAAUGGAUUUUAUUGAUGCAAUGCCACGUUCGGAAGGAAAGGAAGCGGUGUUUGUAGUGGUGGACAGAUUGACGAAAUAUGGGCAUUUUGCCCCUCUUCCAAGACACUACAAUGGGCCGUUGGUUGCCGGGAUAUACCAAGACUAUGUCGGCAAACUUCAUGGAAUGCCGAGCACUAUCGUUUGUGAUAGGGAUUCGAUAUUCCUUAGUGCGUUUUGGCGCGAGUAUAUGCGCAUGGCGGGGACUUCAUUGCAUUUCAGUACAGCCCACCACCCGCAAACCGAUGGGCAAAGCGAGGUGGUGAACAGGACACUAGAGACCUAUCUGCGUUGUUUCGCGGGGGAACGACCGAACACUUGGGUUCGGUAUCUUGCUUGGGCAGAAUGGUCCUACAACACUAGUCUCCAUUCCGGGACUAGUAUCACUCCCUACGAGGCACUGUAUGGGUGUCCUCCUCCACUCAUUCCAAACUAUGAAGUAGGGACAGCUCAAGAUGAUGAGGUGGACUGCACACUCCGUAAUCGGGAUGAGAUCUUGACAGUUUUGAGGCAGCAUAUCGUAAGAGCCCAGAAUCGAAUGAAACAAACAUAUGAUAAAGGCCGCAAAGAUCGAGAGUUCAAGGUUGGGGACAUGGCAUGGUUGAAGAGGCUACCUAUGCGACAAAAAUCGUUGCUUGGACAGCCUUAUUCCAAACUUUUACCCCGUUAUUAUGGGCCAUUCCGGGUCUUGCAAAGAGUUGGCAAAGGAGCCUACAGGUUAGCACUACCACCCACCGCAUUAGUCCAUCCGGUCUUCCAUGUAACUAGACUCAAGCCGCAUUUUGGUCAGUUGCCAGAACUUAUUGAACCUUUGCCAGAUUUUCGGCCUAGACCGUAUAGGAUACUUCGUCACCGGCACCUGCAGAGAGAGGGGCGUCAGAGACAUGAGGUUUUAGUUGAGUGGGACGGCCCAGAUUCAGGUACAUCAUGGGAGCUAUAUGACAGGAUUGUCCAGGAUUUCCCAACUACUAGAGCUUGGGGACAAGCUCAGUCUCAGCGUGGUGGAUCUGAUACGGAACUCCCUAGGACUAGGCCGGGACUAGCCUUGAUUGCUGCCGAAUCCCAUCAACUACCACAGGCCGAUAGCGCUAAGCUUGUCUGCGCGAACCCUUUGUCGCCAGAUGGGCAUGAGAGACUUGGUAAGGGUGAGACUUGGCCACUGAGUGUAAGGGGCAGAGAGGCUUUACUAACUGUGAAUGGUGCAGCUUGUAGCGCUAAUAACGCCACACAAGGCCUAACGUCACACCAGGUAAUCGUCGGAGGCAUGCCACUGCCGGCCACAGGCGCAGCACAACUCCGGGGCACGGCCGAGCGCACAGCCGAGGGACAUCGCCGACUACCGGGCAUCGAGGACGCAGACGGGUGCCGCGCGCAGGAGAGCGUCGACGCUGGAGGUCACCUGGAGCAUUGUGAGGUUGUAGCGAGCGAGGACGCUAUCAGAGUGCACAGCGGAAACCUUAGAGAGGCUAACGAGCGGGCACCA